AUGGCCAAGGCGCGCAGGCCGACGUUCGCCGCCGCCGAGCGGUUCCUCGGCUUCCCCCGCGGUGGGCCGUCUCCGGCGGCCGUGGCGCCAGCGCCCGCCGCCGCCUUCGACGACCUGCCGGACCUCGCCGAGGCCGACGUUUGGUACGCCGCCGUCGGUGACCCGGGGAGCCCCUGCCCCGCGGCGUCCCGCCAGGUGGAGGAGGCGGAGGGCAGGAGCGCCGGCGGGCAGCGCGGGGCCCCUCGGCGCGGCGUGCAGGGCGGCCUGAGCCAGGCGUUCGGGGACGGGCCCGCCGGGCGCCAGGUGGCUGCGUCGGCGCCCGUCGAGGUGCCCGCGUGGCCCGCCCGCUUCGCCGUCCCGGACGCGGAGCCGGCGCUGCUGUUCGAGAUGGAGAUGGGGGACGACGACGACGAGGACGGCAAGCGGGGCGCCGGCGGGUGGGUGCCGCCGCACGUGUACCUGGCGCGGCGGCAGGCGCGGGCGUCCGUGGUGGAGGGCGCUGGCCGGACGCUCAAGGGCCGGGACAUGUCGCGGGUGCGCGACGCCGUCUGGAGCCGGACGGGCUUCGACGGAUGA